CACGCCCGUCCCUGUCAGUCGCAGCUCACAGCGUGCAACGCACCCCCGCACCACAAUGGACCACUCGACGCCGCUAGGCAAGGAGACGACCAAGGAGUCGGACCAUACGGCCGUCGCCGUCCCCGAGCUCGACUAUGAGAAGGCCGAGGGCGCCACCACGCCCGCGGCGCCCACGCUCUACACGACGACCUCGAGACGCGCGUUCGCCCUCCCCCGCUCCAUCACGAUCCAGGAGGACGACGAGCUUGCGUCGCCGCUGCGCGAGAACCGUCUCCGCCGGCAGGCGUCCAUCUCGAUCGCGACUGGCCCGCAGCGCGCCGACACUGCCAGCCGUCUCGUGGGCGAGUACCGCACGCUCUCGAUCCACGUCACCGACUCGAUCCAGCACCCCGAGCUGCGGGAAGCCAAGCGCGAUGCCGUCCGGGAGCUUACCGAGCUCGACUGGCACAAGCUCUCCCGCGAGGAGGUGCUCCAGCGCCUCAAUGUCAGCCCCAAGGCCGGCCUCGACAAGGAGCAGGUCAAGCGCCGCAUCGACCAGUACGGCUACAACAUGAUGACGCCGCCGCCGCGCAACCUGCUGCUCAAGUGGCUCGGGUACAUCUUUGGCGGGUUCGGCUCGAUCCUGUUCGUUGCCGCCAUCCUGUGCUUUAUCGCGUGGAAGCCGCUCGGCGAGCCGGCCCCGCAGGCGUCCAACCUCGCCCUCGCUGUCAUCCUGCUCGUCGUCAUCACCCUCUCGACCGCGUUCAACGCGUGGCAGGACUGGUCGACCUCGCGCGUCAUGGCCUCCAUCACCGACCUGCUGCCCCAGGACGUGGUCGUCCUCCGUAACGGCACCCAGGAGCACGUCGAGGCCAAGCAGCUCGUCAACGGCGACCUGGUCUACAUCUCGCUCGGCAACAAGCUCCCUGCCGACGUCCGCUUCCUCGAGGUGUCGUCCGACUUCAAGCUCGACCGCGCGGUUCUCACCGGCGAGUCGGAGCCUAUCGCCGGUACGGUCGACGGCACCGACGACAACUUCCUCGAGACCAAGAACAUUGGUCUCCAGGGCACCCUCUGUGUCUCGGGCUCGGGUCUCGGCGUGGUCAUCCAGACGGGCGACCUCACCGUCUUUGGCCGCAUUGCCAAGCUCUCGUCUUCGGGCGCGCCGAGCAUGACGACCCUCCAGCGCGAGAUCAUGCGCUUUGUGCUCAUCAUUGUCUUCUUCGCCCUCGUUAUCGCUGUUCUGGUUAUCAUCCUCUGGGCGGCCUGGCUCAACCCCAAGCACAAGGGCUUCAUCACCCCGGCCAACCUCGUCAUCGACGUCGUGUCCGUCAUGGUCGCCUUCAUCCCCGAGGGCCUGCCCGUGUGUGUGACCCUCUCCCUCGCCGUCAUCGCCACCACGCUCUCCCGCAACAAGGUCCUCUGCAAGACGCUCAUGACGGUCGAGACGCUCGGCUCGGUGUCGGUCCUCUGCUCCGACAAAACGGGCACCCUCACCCAGAACGUCAUGACCGUCACCAACGCCGCCGUGCUCGACGACGAGUUCCAGACCGUCGAGGCCCGCGACCGCCUCGUCGCCGAGCGCCCCACUGCCGACAACGUCAAGCAGCUCGCCGCCGUCGCGGGUGUGUGCAACGCCGCCCUCUUCGACGAGUCCACCAUGGACCAGCCAAUCGGCCUCCGUCGCGUCAAUGGUGAUGCCACCGACUCGGCCAUUCUUCGCUUCGCAGAGUUCCUCCGCCCCGUCAAGGAGUCCAAUGCCGACUGGACCGAGGUCUUCAAGGUCAACUUCAACUCCAAGACAAAGUUCAUGCUCAAGCUCCUCCGCGUCGCCGUGUCCGCGUCUUCGCCCCUCCCUCCCCCGAUCGCCGCCACGGACGACUUCAACAAGGAGGACCUCGUGCUCAUGGUCAAGGGCGCGCCCGACGUGCUCAUCAAGCGCUGCUCGUUCAUCAACAACCCCGAGGGCGGCGCCCCGCUCCCCCUCAACGCCGAGACCACCGCCCGCCUCGUCCAGGUCCAGGAGGAGUGGGCUGCCAAGGGUCAGCGUGUGCUCCUCCUCGCCAAGCGCAUUGUCCCCCAGCACGAGCUUCCCGCCGACCUGUCCUUUGACAGCAGCGAGUUUGGCGACCAUGUCAACCAGCACAUCAACCAGAACCUCACCAUUGUCGGUCUCGUUGGCCUCGUCGACCCUCCCCGCGCCGACAUCCCCGACACGGUCAAGACGAUGCGCGGGGCCGGUAUCCGCUUCUUCAUGGUCACUGGCGACUUUGCGCUCACUGCCGUCGCCAUUGCCGAGCAGUGUGGUAUUGUCACCAACGCCAAGACGAUCCACCACCUCACCGACCUCAACCGCGACAAGGAGGCGGACACUGUCGAGAAGUACGACCCCGACAACCUCGAGGUCAACCGCGCCAUCGUGCUCUCCGGCUCGGACCUCAUGCAGAUGAACGACAGCCAGUGGGAGCAGGCCUGCCAGUACAACGAGAUUGUCUUCGCCCGCACCACGCCCGAGCAGAAGCUCCGCAUCGUCAAGGAGUUCCAGAGACGCGAGUACGUCGUCGGCAUGACGGGUGACGGUGUCAACGACGCGCCGUCCCUCAAGGCUGCCGAUGUCGGUAUCGCCAUGGGCGGCGGCAGUGACGUCGCGAUUGAGGCCGCCGACCUGGUCCUCCUCGAGUCCUUCUCGGCCAUCGUCGUGGCAGUCACCUACGGCCGCCUCGUCUUCGACAACCUCAAGAAGACGAUCCUCUACCUGCUCCCCGCCGGCUCCUUCUCCGAGCUCAUGCCCAUUCUGCUCAACGUGCUCCUCGGCCUCCCGCAGAUGCUGUCCAACAUCCAGAUGAUCCUCAUCUGUGUCGUCACCGACGUGCUCCCCGCCGUCUCGCUCUGCUUUGAGAAGCCCGAGGCCGGCCUGCUCACCCGCAAGCCCCGCAACGUCAAGAAGGACAAGCUCGUCAACGGCAAGCUCCUCUUCCACGCCUACUUCUUCCUCGGCGUCAUCGAGUCGCUGUGCGCAAUGAGCAUGUCGUUCUGGUACCUCCAGCGCAAGGGUUUCAAGUUCAGCAAGCUUGUGCUCGCCUACGGCGGCCUGCCGGCAGACUACGACCCCGACGCGUUCGCCGAGGCCGUCAACCACGCCCAGUCGGUCUACUUCUUCACCCUCGUCUUCAUGCAGUGGUUCAACCUCCUCGCCUCGCGUACCCGCCGCCUGUCCAUCUUCCAGCACAACCCGCUGUACGGCCCCUCGCAGAACCUCUGGAUCCCGCCCGCCAUGCUCGUCGCUGCCGGCUUCCUCUUCUUCUUCAGCUACAUCGACUUCUUCCAGCACACCUUCCUCACCCGCGGUGUGCGGGUCGAGUACGUCUUCCUCCCCAUGGCGUUUGGCCUCGUCAUGCUCUUCCUCGACGAGCUCCGCAAGUACUUUGUCCGCCGCUACCCCAAGGGCCCGCUUGCCCGGAUCGCUUGGUAA